AUGUUUUUAUUUCCCCCCUUUUUUUUUCUUUUUGAAUCACUCUUUCUAUCUCUAUCUAUCUCUUUCUAUCUCACAAUCUUUCUUUCUAUCUAUUUAUACUCUCUCUCUCUCUCUCUCUUUCAUUCUUUUCUGCGUUCAGCUGCUUUUCUUCUUUCUCUCUUUCUAUAUCACAAUCUUUCUUUCUAUCUAUUUAUACGCUCUCUCUCUCUCUCUCUCUCUCUCUCUCUCUCUAUUCCAUUCUGUUUCUUUUACUGUUCUUCCCUUUUUUGCUCCCUUUUUUGUUCAUUCUUUUUUCUUGCACAAGUGUCGAUAAGUUACGUUUAUGUCAGUGUUUAUUUUAAACCGUCGCGUUUAUCUGUACCCGACUCCACCACAAUCACAUUAAGUCCCUUAGCCCUCUAUCUGAACAUAACACCCUUCUCUGUUAUAGGCCAAUUCUUACUCCCUCUCUUUUUAUUCUUUCCUUUUUCUUUUUUCCUUCUCUCCUUCCUUUGCCUUUCAAAUUUCUUCUAUCUAUCUAUCUAUCUAUCUAUCUAUCUAUCUAUCUAUCUAUCUAUCUAUCUGUCUGUCUUAUUCUGUUUAUCUCUCUAUCUAUCUAUCUAUCUAUCUAUCUAUCUAUCUAUCUAUCUAUCUAUCUGUCUGUCUGUCUGUCUAUCUAUCUGUCUUAUCCUGUUCAUAUCUAUCUAUCUAUCUAUCUAUCUAUCUAUCUAUCUAUCUAUCUAUGUUGAUAUCUGUGACUGGCUAUCAAAUAUGUAUCUGUUUUUAGUUCGUUCUCAUUCUGUUGAUAUCUAG